GGCCGGGAGCCAGGGCUAGCUCGCCCGGGGUCGCUCUGAACUCCGGCCACCCCUCCCUCCCCUUACCGCCGCCUCAGUGGGCACCCCGGUGUUCCCGCAGAAACGCCUUGCGCCGCCCCCCAGUUGUCCACCGGGCGGAAGCUCACAUUACCUGUUCCACUCUUACUAGCGUGAGGAAACCAAGCUCAUAAGACGAAACAUCACAAAAGAUGUCUAAGCAACAACCAACUCAGUUUAUAAAUCCAGAAACUCCUGGCUAUGUUGGAUUUGCAAAUCUUCCCAAUCAAGUUCACCGAAAAUCAGUAAAGAAAGGCUUUGAGUUCACAUUGAUGGUGGUUGGUGAAUCGGGUCUGGGGAAAUCAACGCUCAUAAACAGCCUGUUCCUGACUGAUCUCUACCCAGAAAGAAUCAUACCAGGAGCUGCAGAGAAAAUUGAAAGAACUGUGCAGAUUGAGGCUUCCACUGUGGAGAUCGAAGAGCGCGGCGUGAAGCUCCGCCUUACCGUGGUGGACACGCCCGGCUACGGUGACGCCAUCAACUGCCGGGAUUGCUUCAAGACGAUCAUCUCCUACAUUGACGAGCAGUUUGAGCGGUACCUGCACGACGAGAGCGGCCUGAACAGGCGGCACAUCAUUGACAACCGGGUGCACUGUUGCUUUUACUUCAUUUCACCUUUCGGACAUGGACUGAAGCCCUUAGAUGUCGCAUUUAUGAAGGCAAUACACAAUAAAGUGAACAUCGUGCCUGUCAUUGCGAAAGCUGACACCCUCACUCUGAAGGAACGAGAGCGACUGAAGAAAAGGAUUUUGGAUGAAAUUGAAGAACAUAACAUCAAAAUCUAUCACUUACCUGACGCGGAAUCAGAUGAGGAUGAAGACUUCAAAGAGCAGACUAGACUUCUCAAGGCCAGUAUUCCGUUCUCUGUGGUUGGAUCCAAUCAGCUGAUUGAAGCCAAGGGCAAGAAGGUCCGAGGUCGCCUCUACCCGUGGGGUGUUGUGGAAGUGGAGAACCCGGAGCACAACGACUUUCUGAAGCUGAGAACGAUGCUCAUCACCCACAUGCAGGACCUGCAGGAGGUGACCCAGGACCUUCACUAUGAGAACUUCCGCUCCGAGAGGCUCAAGAGAGGCGGCAGGAAAGCGGAGAAGGAGGACAUGAGUAAAGACCAGAUCCUGCUGGAGAAGGAAGCGGAGCUCCGCCGCAUGCAGGAGAUGAUCGCCAGGAUGCAGGCGCAGAUGCAGCUGCAGCUGCAGGGCGGGGACGGCGACAGCGCGGCGCUUGGCCACCACGUGUGAGAAAAGCCGUUGUUGGAGAAACAGAACAUUCCGGAUAAGCCCUACAAUGAGUGUCUUAUGAGAUCAUCAGGAAGACACCUGUCCAUGCAUGGCUCUCAGUGCCUGUGCCGGAGAAUUUAACUUUCUUAAACUUUUGAUGCCUGGGUUUCUUUUGUAUGAAGUAUUUUUAACAUUUGUAUCUCAUUGCUAUGUUACACUUUAUAUUUUGUGAGGUGAUCUCUGGUUUUCUUUAAUUAACCACUAAUUAGAAUUGACUUCUGAGAAUUCAGCCAACAUGCGUAGUGAAUAUUGAAUUUCUCUCAUUUGCUGGCCUGACUAGUCAUUGAUGUGAUGAGCACUCUUGAUUUGUGUCUGGAUGUCCACACGUUCCCUGAGUGGCAGCGACAGGUGCCGGGUGAGAGAGAGAUGCCUGGCCUGGCUGAGACGAGCCUCCAGGUGCGCGUGCAGCUAAGCCCAGCGUUGCCGUUUGUUCACCUGCACACUUGUCUGUUACAACAGCGCAGAGCAGAAGUGUCGAAUGAGAUAGAUGCUCAUAUCUAAAUAGUUUUUUAAAAAUAAGCUUGUAGUGGUGAAUUUUUAAAAUCUCUGGAUUCUGAUGGUGGCUUCAACACAGUGUUGAACCCUGUGUGUAGAGAAAUCACCACCAGGCACGAAUACUGGUUACCUGCAAUACAUAGAAAACAAAGUAAAACUACAAGCUCUGGUCUUCAUGUGGCAACUACAGUUCCUAAGUACACAGAGUCACUAAACGGUUUUUACUCCAUUAAAUUAACAGAUUUAAAGGAAAUUUAGCAAUUUUCUUGUUACAGAAACCUGUUUUCUGCUUAAUGCUGUACUUUUGUGUGUUUGUGUCAUUGCUGAUGCAGACGGCUCAGCUCAGCACCCAGAGUUAUCCUCCUUUAUUGGGGUCCCCCUGAACCCAGUCUUGUUCUGCUCCAAAGGGCUCGGCCCCGUGGCAAGCCAGAUUUUACCUGCCUGGUAUUCCUGAUUUGGAUUUUGCUCAGCUGGCUUUUUGAGUGGUUUUGUGAUGAGAGAACGCAGUGCUGGCUGUGGUCUCAUCUGUUCUUAGGCCUGGUCUUUUGUUCACGCUGUGAUAAAAUAUCUCCACGUGUGGCCCACAAGCCCUGCUGCAGUGCCUGAGAUUGGCUCCCGGCUCCAGCUUCCUGCCAGUGCAGAUCCUUUGUCUUGCAGACAAGAGUGAUGGCUCAGGUAAUGGGAGACCUGGACUGAGCGCCUUGCUUCUGGCUUUGACUGGAGCCCAGCCUUAGCUGGGCUUUUGAGGAGUAAGCUAGUGGUUUGGAGUUCUGUUUCUGGCUCAACAUCUGAAAUCUGUGGUGUAGGCUGGUCAGAGGCACCUGUGGUGCAGCCACACCCUGUCUGUUCUCAGGGCACUGCGGCCACACCCCUCACCCUUCUCGCCUUUUCCUCCUCCCUCAACUGUAGGACACUCCCAAGGGUUGCCCCCCCCCCAUUUGUGCUAACAAGGACAGAUUUGACCCAGAAGGUGACAGAUGUGGGGAGGUAGUUGUGGAGGGGGUGGAUGCUGGUUCAGUGUUUGUAUCUGUGGAGACGGAGAAGCUCCUUCCAGGGUUUAUGACUUGGUUUUGAAAGUGACAACGUGAUUCUCCCCAGCUUUGCCCCUUCCUGCUGCAUCACUGUGAGAGCUCCCAGCUGUGUAUUGAGUCUGUGUGAGAUAUUUUUACCAAGAAAAUGUGUUCCGUGACUUCUGAGUGCAUCCAUGGGGUUAACUCUGCAGGAGAAAGCUCUAGGGGGAAAAAGGAUUUGCAGGUGGUGAGUGUCGAACCCUGUAUGUGUCCACGUGAGUGCUUGCGGGACAGGCGGCCACGGUACGCAGGUGGGAGGGCUGCUCUGACCAGUGUCCGUGUCCCUUGUGCUACCCAGAUCUAAACACACUUUUGCUACUAGAUAAUUGCUUCUACUAAGAAUUUCUACUUACAGAAAUGUAUUUUGAAAACACAUACUUUACACGGCAAUUUUGUAUCCAUUUAAACUAACCUUUGUAUCAAUAAAGCACUGUUCAGAUACA